UUGUCCGUUUACGAGUGAGUAUCAUUCUCCCUCUUUAUUUCAGCACUUUCUCAGCCACAACAAACAGACACCCUUUCCAUAUCCCAAUCUCGCUUUUUCUCUCUCUAAAUUUCUCCCGGCCAAAAAAUGGCCAUCCGGAAUUUCUCCAAUCUCUCCAUUCCCCCGCCCUUUCUCUCCCCUUCACCUCCCACCCCCAAUUUCACUUACAUUCUCACUUCCCCAACCCACUCCCCUCCCUCUCUCCGCCUCGCCCCAACCACCUCUCCCCUUCGCCCCCGCCGCACCCUCAGAAUCUCCCUCGCAUUCGCCUCAUCCGACGGAACAAUCCCCCCCGGAGGCCAUGGCAGUGGAGGUGGAGGACAUGGGCAUGGAGAUGGCGGUGAGGAGGAGGAAGAAGAGGACAGGGAGAAGAACAGAGCGGAGGCGAUUGCAGUGCUGGCCGAGGCUGGGAGGUCGAUAGAGAGCCUGCCGAAGGAUCUGGCAGGGGCGAUUGCGGCGGGGAGAGUGCCGGCGGUGAUCGUGGAGAGGUUUCUGGAGUUGGAGAAAUCGGCGGCGUUACGGUGGUUGAUGCAAUUUGGGGGAUUUAAAGAACGGGUUCUAGCGGAUGAUUUGUUCUUGGCUAAGGUCGCCAUGGAAUGUGGCGUUGGAAUUUUCACAAAGACUGCUGCUGAGUUGGAGAAACGGAAGGAGAACUUUAGCAAGGAGCUGGAUUUUGUUUGUGCUGACGUGAUAAUGGCCAUUGUAGCAGAUUUCAUGCUUGUUUGGCUUCCAGCUCCCACCGUCUCUCUCAAACCUGCUCUAGCAAUCAGUGCUGGACCUCUCACCAAGUUCUUCUAUGGCUGCCCUGAAAACGCAUUCCAGGUGGCGUUGGCGGGUACCUCCUUUUCGUUUCUUCAGAGAGUUGGUGCUGUGGUGCGUAAUGGGGCCAAACUAUUUGCUGUAGGGAGUGGUGCAUCUGUGGUGGGUACGGGUAUAACGAAUACCUUGAUAAAUAUAAGGAAGUUCUUUGACAAAUCAUAUGCCAUGGAAGCAGAGGAUGUGCCUGUACUAGCAACAAGUAUUGGCUAUGGAGUUUACAUGUCGGUUUCUAGCAAUCUAAGAUACCAAAUAAUUGCGGGAGUAAUAGAGCAAAGGAUGCUAGAGCCUUUGCUGCACAAACACAAAUUGGCAUUGAGUGCAAUCUGCUUUGCGGUUCGAACUGGCAACACUUUCCUGGGAUCAUUGAUGUGGGUGGAUUUUGCAAGAUGGACUGGGAUUCAAAGAACGAGAGAGUAAAGUGGGAAACAAAAGUACACUUUUGUUCGAGAAAUUAUUCGACGAGGUUAGUAUAAUUUAAUGCGUCGAGGCUAUUUUUCGAGUUUUAUUAUUUAAAUAUUUAGGCAUAUGGUGGUAGUAGAUGAAUGUUGGCCGGGUGUUUCCAUUGAAGCAUAAGGGUGUAUGAUUGUUUAUUUGCAUACAUUAUUAUUUUUUGGAAGUGUCAGAAUGAAGAAAAAAAAUAAUUUGUUCCAUUUUGAGUAUUAUAAUACAUUGAAGUUUGAAACAA